UAGAAACAAAACCUAAUGGCCUCUCCAUUGGAAAUAGAAACACUCCGGUACUCCAGCAUUCUUGUUGAUGCUAAAAGAAAAGAAGAAGAAAGCAGCUUUGAUCAUGCUGUUCAGCUAAUGCUUUCUUCUGCGCUACCCAUGUCAAUUCAGUCAGCAAUUGACCUCGGCCUGUUUGAUAUCAUUUCCAAAGCGGGUACAGAUGCCAAGCUCUCUGUAUCAGAUAUUGCAGCCAAGAUUGGCACCAAGAACCCCGAGGCGCCAGUUAUGCUGGACCGCAUCCUCAGGCUCCUCACCUCACACUCCGUGCUCAGUUGCUCUGUGGUCAAUGGCCAAAGGCUUUACAGCCUCACCGCGGUGUCCAAGCACUUUGCGACUAAUGAAGAUGGUGCUUCUUUAGGCCCCACCACGGCAUUACUUCAAUGCAAUCUCAGCUUGAACUGUUGGUCACAAAUAAGAGAUGCAGUUGUUGAAGGAGGAAUUCCGUUUAAUAGGAUCUAUGGAAAAACCCCCUAUCAGUAUCAAGAUUCAGACCCCAAGUUUAAUCAACUUUUCAAUUUGGGAAUGGUCAACCUCACUACUUUGGUUAUGAGGAGGAUUCUUGAUAGCUACCAGGGUUUUGAGCACCUUAACCAGGUUGUUGAUGUUGGGGGAGGUCUAGGGAUAGCUCUUAGUCUAAUCACUUCCAAAUAUUCUUAUAUUAAGGGAAUCAAUUACGACUUGCCCCAUGUUAUAAAAGAAGCUCCCCAUUAUCCUGGCGUGGAACAUGUCGGAGGAGACAUGUUUUCAAAGGUUCCAUGUGGAGAUGCCAUUUUUCUGAAGAACGUACUUCAUGAUUGGAUGGAUGAGCAAUGCAUAAAACUAUUGAAAAAUUGUUACACUGCGAUUCCAGAUAAAGGAAAAGUAAUCGUUGUAGAAACACUUGCUUCAAUUGAGCCAAACACUAGCCUUGCUGAGAAGAUCUCCUCAGAGCUUGAUGUGAUUAUGAUGACAGUAGCCCCAGGAGGGAAGGAAAGGACCCAACACCAAUUUAUGGACUUGGCAACUGCUGCUGGAUUUAGUGGCAUCAAAUAUGAAUGUCUUGCCAGUUAUCUUCAUGUUAUGGAGUUCAUCAAGUAGAGAUGGCGUAUGCUUUCAUAUAAUUAAUAAUAUAUGAGAAUAACUGUACGAAAAAAUGAAUUGUU